CAGAAACGCGCAUUCCUCUCGGCUUCCUGAAAUGACGGUCUUGUCGGAGAGGGUCCAACAUCACUUUACCACCAGAUAUGAUGAUCUCCAGACUGUCUUGAAAUAAGGUGCCAUCCUGACCUCCAAACUGCUGCCACAAUGUCCAACAUCAUAGUUGAGCAUCAGUAUUCUCAUAGACUGAAAUUGACUGUGGUGAGAGCUGAAAAUGUGACUAAAGGAGCAUUUGGGGAUUUAUUGGACACCCCGGACCCUUAUGUAGAGCUGUCAGUUCCAACCACACCAGAGUCAAGAAAACGAACCCGCCACAUUAAUAAUGACAUCAACCCCAAGUGGAACGAAACCUUUGAGUUCAUAUUGGAUCCCAAUCAAUCCAAUGUUUUAGAGAUGACACUGAUGGACGCCAAUUAUGUCAUGGAUGAAACUCUUGGCACAGCAAAAUAUUCCCUUUCAAAACUUAAAGUGGCACAAAUGGAGCAUGUGACCCUCUCUAUCGGCAAGACAACCAAAGUGUUCCUCGACUUGCUCUUGGAAGUGUGCGCAUCCACAGACCUGCGCUUCAGCAUGACACUGUGUGAUCAAGAGAAGCUCUUCAUGCAGACGCGCAGAGACAGAGUCAUGCUCAGCAUCAAGAAGCUUCUCAAAAUGGAAAACCCUCGUUUCCUUCCAUCCUCACCAAGAGAGGUUCCCACCAUCGCUAUUCUGGGCUCUGGAGGAGGUUUUCGUGCAAUGGUGGGCUUCUCUGGUGUGAUGAAGGCUUUGUAUGAAUCUGGCGUGUUUGACUGUGCAACAUAUGUGGCAGGACUUUCAGGAUCAACAUGGUAUAUGUCCAUGCUGUACUCCCACCCAGAGUUUCCCGCUAAAGGCCCAGGUGACAUAAAUAAAGAGCUCAUGAACAGAGUCAGUAAUAACCCACUCAAACUGCUCCUGCCCCAAAACAUCAACCGCUACGUCAAAGCACUGUGGAAGAAGAAAUCAGCUGGACAGCCAGUCACCUUCACUGACAUCUUCGGGAUGUUGAUAGGAGAGACGCUUAUUCCAGGGAGAAUGGACAUUAAGCUGAGCUCAUUGAAAGGGAAGAUUAAUGAAGGUCAGAGCCCUCUUCCUCUCUUCACCUGUCUGCACGUCAAACCUGACGUCUCUGAGCUCAUGUUUGCAGAUUGGGUGGAGUUCAGCCCGUAUGAAAUUGGCAUGGCCAAAUAUGGCACCUUUAUGUCUCCUGGGCUGUUUGGCAGCAAAUUCUUCAUGGGAAGUGUUGUGAAACAAUAUGAGGAAAAUCCCUUACAUUUCCUGAUGGGUGUGUGGGGAAGUGCUUUCUCCAUCCUCUUUAACCGGGUUUUGGGUGUGAAGGAGACGACCAGCAGUAGCACUAUGGAGGAGGAGCUGGAGCAAAUUAAACCAGAGCACAUUGUGGGUGACGAUUCUGCUGAUAAUGAGGAGGAAACUCAAAGAGGAGGCACAGAGUCUGCAGAUGCAGAGGACGAGCGCCAGCGUCAUGCCCAGGCCAGCUGGGUGCAGCGCAUGUUGACCUCCAUCAUGGGCGACACCACCCUGUUCACAACACGCGAGGGCCGCGCAGGCAAAGUGCACAACUUCAUGCUGGGACUGAACCUGAACUCAACCCUGCCCUUCUCUCCCUUCAGCGGCAUGACACACCAGAACUCGGUGGAGGAGGAGGUGGACGCUGUUACUGAUCCUGAUGAGUUCGAGCGAAUCUACGAGCCUCUGGAUGUGAAGAGCAAGAAAAUCCAUGUGGUGGACAGCGGCUUGACCUUCAACCUGCCUUAUCCUCUCAUUCUGCGGUCUCAGAGAGGAGUCGACCUCAUUAUUUCAUUCGACUUCUCAGCCCGACCCAGUGACUCCAGCCCACCCUUCAAAGAGUUACUGCUGGCUGAAAAAUGGGCCCGUAUGAAUAAGCUGCCCUUCCCGAAGAUUGAUUCGAAAGUGUUCGACCGAGAGGGUCUGAAAGAGUGCUAUGUGUUCAAACCUGCUAAAGGAGACAAGAACUGUCCCACCAUCAUUCAUUUUGUCUUGGCCAACAUCAACUUCCGGAGCUUUAAAGCACCUGGAGUUCCCCGAGAUUCAGAUAAAGACAUAGAGUUUGGAGACUUUGACAUAUUUGACGAGCCAGCCUCUCCAUACUCCACUUUCAACUUCCAAUACAACAACCAGGCCUUCAAGAGACUUCAUGACCUCAUGGAGUUCAAUACGCUUAACAACAUCGAGGUUAUCAAAGAAGCCAUCAAAGACAGCAUUCUACUCAGACGAGAGAACCCAGCACGAUGUUCGGUUUCCCUUUCGCUCAGUGAAAUCGAAAACAAGAAGUUCCUGAAACGAGACAACAGCAUUGCGAAACGACCCACCUAACAGACAGCUAUGCAAAAAGCUACACAAACGUGUGAGACUGCAUUGGUCCACUGGUGCUGAUAAAGAAUCAGUGAGCAGAUUCAUCAGACAAGGCUGGAUUGACCUUAUUACAGGAUCAUUAUAUGCUGCAUUCUUGAAUUCUUUCAUCUCCUACUUGAAAAUAACAACAGGAACACUUGAGGUGAGAUGUCGGGUUCACACCAACCAGAGGUUCAUUGUCCAAAAAAUCAAUUACUAGAUGUUGUUAUUCCAAUACUGUGCAGCAUCAUUAAUAGCCCCUUUCACACAGGGAUACUGGUAAAUAUUCGGAAAUUCUUUACCGGUACGUCUUUACCGGUAAAUAAAAAAAAGCGCUGUUCACACAGGCAAGAACGUUCCGGAAUUUUCCAUUCACACUCCCAUUCCAAAAAUACCGGUAAAUUCUGACAACAUUAACCAGAAAUCAGCUCUAAAUGGCUGUGCUUGUAUUUGUAAACAUAGAAGGGGUCAGGCUUUUGUUGAUGGUUUCACUUUUAUUUGAAGCUAGAGCAUUCAUGUAGCUGCUUUGACCCAGAGACAUCCAAAGGCAGAUACGCCAACCGCAGCUAAAUGUUUACACAUUUGAUGACAUUACACAUUCUGUGGACGGAUAAGUAUUGUGAACAACUUCAAUGAAAACAUGUGGAGGAACACUUUUGCAUGUCGAGAUGUACAUAAUAUUUGUAUGUGCUAGCGCUCACCAGAGCAUUGCUUCACGUGCACAUGCGUCUAGCAACUGAAGCAGGGCUUGAAGGUAAACAAACAGCAGUUUAUCGUAAGCAUUUUAGCGUUAAUUAUUUACACAGUUGGCAUUAAGAAGGAAGAUAGAAACGUUAUCUGACUAACAUCUAGUAGCUAAAUGUGUCUGGAAAAAUAUUCAAAGACUUUUAUUUUCAUAAACAGCGUGAAUGUGUCUGUCCCGGCAAAUUACUGGUAAUGUUACAACUUCUCUUUCCGGAAAAUUCCAGGAAGGAAUUUACUGGUAUUUUUAAAAAGGGCCUGUUCACACAUGAUCCCUUUCCGGAAAAUUGCCGGUAAUUUUCCCGAAAGGUAUGUAUGUGUGAAAGGGGCUAAUGAAAGUUCUAUCACUUUAAACCAAUGUGGUUCAAAUAACAAUGAUCACAGCAGUUUUGAGUCUUAAAGGGGACCUAUAAUGCAAAACCACUUUUAUAAGGGGUUUAAGCACAGUUGUGUGGCAACAGUCAGUGAAUAUAACCAGCUUCUAAUAGUAAACAUUUAUUCAUUUAUUUUUUUAUAAUCACACUUCAUAAAAACUGUCUCCAAAAAGUCUGCAGAAACACUUAAGUUGACAUUCUCCCUUUGUACAUGUCAUCAGAAAAGAAAGCCCCGCCCCUUUGUGAGGAUAUCUCCCUCAUUAGCAUUGGACCUUAGUCUUGUUUUUUUAAUCUGCCACUAUGCUGACAAACAGGCAUUUGUAGCUCCGCCUUCUUUUGAAAAGACGACUGGAAGCAAAAUCUCAUGUGAAUUUAAAGAGUCAAUCACUAAAAACGGCACAAUUACAGUCAAAGCCUAAAAGGGUCCGUUUCAAAGAGUUAUAAAACCUUAUUUGUGAAGUAUUUUGAGCUGAAACUUCACAUACACACUCUAGGGACAUCACAGACUUAUUUUACAUCUUGUAGAAAGGGGCAUAAUAGGUCCCCUUUAACUAGCUAUUUGUACUUCUUACGAUGCAACUUACUAUGGUAGCUACACCAGUAUACUAAAUAAAACUAAAUGGCAAUAUUUUAUAACAUAGUUAAUUAUAGUUUUAUAAAAUGAACUUACACUGAAAAGACUUAGAAGCAUCGAUUAAUGUUUAUAUAAACGUUUACAGGGGUGUAUCUGUUAAUAUUUAAUGUACCUGCACUAACAAGAACUUACAAUGAACAGCUGUAUUUAUAAAACCUGAUGUUAAUAAGUAUGUAACAAAUGUAUAGCUCAUUGAUAAUUACAUUAAGGUUCCAUUAGUUCAGGGGUGUCCAAACUCGGUCCUGGAGGGCUAUGUCCUGUAUGUCCUGCAUAGUUUAGCUUCAACUUCCUUCAACACACCUGCCUGAAGGUUUCUAGUAUACCUAGAAAGAGCUUGAUUAGCUGGUUCAGGUGUGUUUAAUUGGGGUUGGAACUAAAAUAUGGAGGAGAGCGGCCCUCCGGGACUGAGUUUGGACACCCCUGCAUUAUGCCGAGUUCAGACUGCAUGAUUUUCAAAGUAGUUGUGUUACGGAUGUUUUCACACUGCAUGACUAUCUGGUGUAACGUUUUGUCGCUGCUUUGUUUACACAGCAAGAUGGAUCGGCAACGGGGGGUUUCAUACUGCAUGAUUUUUUUGUUUCGACCCAGUUGUGAUAUUGAUGACACAUCAAACAGACACGGGUGCUCCUGCCAAAUUUCCACUAGUUUUUCCUCCGUUUCUUGGGUCCAAAUAGACUGAAAAUAAGCAUUUUUAAUUUCUCCCCCAACCUCCCGCUGGUCUGCAGAUACCCACACUAGUGGAUGCUACUCUCUCAUUGGCUGUAGGUGAUCGGCAAUGUUAUUUUCAAUCAGAAUACAUUUCACACGGCAUGAUUUGGAUCGCCGACAGCUCUAGAUAUUUAGCAUGUCAAAUAUCUCACGAACAUCGGCGACUCAUCAGCGAUUCUUUUAGAUCGCGUCUUUGAUAGUUCACACUGUGUGAUUGUUACUUGCGUGAACGAGCACCGAUUUGCCUGUGAUUUCAGGCAUUUGUCAGCGAUUUCUCAAAACCUGACGCCGAAUCAAAAUCGGGGCUAAAAUCAUGCAGUCUGAACUCGGCAUUAGUUAAUGGUAGUUACUGCAUUAACAAAUAUUAAAGUGUUACACUUACACUAAAUCAUGAACUAAAAAAACAAAAACAGUACAGGAAAUAACAGAAAGUUUCUAAAUUAAUUGAAUUCAAAAUAUUCACAAUAUUUAACUCAAUGAAUACCAGCACUGCUUCCCAACUUCAUUGUUAAGUUUUAUCUAAUUUUAUAUUUUAGUUAAUAAAUGUAUUUUUUGUUUAUUUGUUUAUUUUAGUUAAUUUAGUUUCGAUUUACACUAAAUAUUCCAAACCCUUUACUAAUUUUCAUUCCUUUCAGAUUAAGUAAAAAAAAAUGUAAAAAAAUUUUUGCCGAUUUACUUUUGUUUUAUAUCAAGCGACGCAUUUUUUUGUAAGUCCAUGGUUUUAGCUUUGUUCAAAUUAUAUUAAAAAAAUAUUUGUUUUAGUUUCAUGAGUUUAGUUUUAGUUAAAAUGAUAUAAAAUAAAAUGAAAUAAACACAGUUUAAUGACAUUUCUUAAAUGGCAUUAACAGAAACAUUGGUUGUUUAUUCUAAAGUAGACGUGGGAUCAUUUCGAAAUGAAUGUUUUCUGGAAGGCAUCAGAUUGCCUGAAAUGUUGUUAAGAAAUGGGAAAUAUUAAUUAGUCUGGAAUGUUGCAUCAGUAACACAGACAUGUAUUUAUCUUUUCUACACUGAUAUUGGGAGAAAUUCAGUUGAAUAGAUUUGAAUGUGGUAAAAUGCGUAAGCCGAUCUGAGAGCUCAGAGUACUCCGCUCUUACUGAAAACAUUCUUAAAUUAGCCAACAAAUGCAAUAAACAAACACUCGAUGAUCAGAGCACGUGAGGAGCUUUGUAUAUAAGAGUCACUCUGUGAUUCACCACUUCCCAUUCCUUUUCUCACUGUAGACCUUUUUCCAAAACCAUUCUAAGGUCAGCCUUACAAAUCUGGCUGUGUUCUUCUUGCUGUGUUUUUCGCUUAACAUUUUAGCUGUAAAUACUGUUCUGAGAAUAAUUUACUCUCUCAGAGCCUCGGGACACGCUGUUCCUUCUUGUGUUUCUGCUAAAGUGAUAAGAAAACAAUCUAGGUUUCAGUCUGCGUUCAGUCGUACUGUGACGCGCCUGUGACCGGAUGAUGGUUCACUAAAAGCCUUGCCUUCAGGACAGGACUCAUCUCAUAUUUUAGCCGGAAGAUUCAUCACUUCGGAACUGGAUUUGGCUGCUUUUUAUUUAUUGUGCUUACAAAUGUCAUCUGCCCAGGGGGUAAAAGAAAGAAGGUGAAAUGCCAUUUUGCACCUCCCACGCAGGACUCGAAUAAUGACAUGAUGGGACGUGUUGUGAAAAUCUCCUUUGCUGUUGAUAUCGCACGCAUCUGUGGUAAAAUCAUGGCACAUACAGCGCAGAAAUCCGACUUCCCACACAAUCAUUCCAUUGGUUUACAAACUGUAUUAUGAAAGUGUAUGCGAGAUUAUUUAUUUUAAUAUCGUAUUGUGUAGUUAUUCGUAUUCAGACAUCUCACAAUUAAAGGCGUAGUUCACCCAAAAAUGAACAUUUCGUCAUUAUUUACUCCCCUUUACCUGUGUCAAACCUUUUAUGAAUUUCUUUCUUCCGCCAAACACAAAAGAAGAUAUAUUGAAGAAUAUUGGAAGCCUGUAACCAUUGACUUUCAGUUGUUUUUCUUUCUAUGGAAGUCAAUGGUUACAGGUUUUCAGUUUAGUUUUUUUUUUCGAAAUAUCUUUUUUUGUAUUCAACAGAAGAACGAAACUCAUAAAGGCUUGAAAUCACGCGAGGGGGAGUAAAUAGUGAGUCAAUUUUUACUUUUGGUGUACUAUACCUUUAAGCAUAAAUGUCAAUGUUGAGUUUGAGCUGAGAAUGUGAGGUCACUGAUAAUACUGAACUGGGAUACCGGAAUGACUGGUUGUGUGGUAAAAAUAGAAGAAAAAGUGUUAGACUGCUCUUUAAACCCAAAAUAAAUGUUACCUUCAAACAUU